UACUCACGUGCCGCGGUGAUGUGAUCCAACCGAAGGGAGUCUCGAUAAUCGUUUGAGUAACACUACGAUUACAACUGGCACGUACAGAUCGAGUCGGAUGUAGCGAGCUUGCGCGAGAAGAAUGCGAAUGUGGAUCUCCUUUGUGUUAAUCCGAUGGCAUAAGGAAGUCGAUGACGCACCUCGGCUUCUAGCCUGACAAUGCACACAGUAGUCAGAAACCUGCUACUGAGACUACUGACAUCAGGGUCAUGUCGAGGUUGGAUUAGACGAAGAUUAGGAAGGAGUACUUGGUAUUUACUGAUGACGGUGUAUCACUGGCAUUUCCAGUACUUACUAGGACGCCCGUAUCAUAAGGCGGCCGGGUGGGAUAGGAUCCGAUUAGUUUAUGUUUGUAUCGUAGCUAGGAGUUCAUAUGAUGAGAUAGGGCAGACAAUGAAAUAAUCGCGUUUUGACGUCGUGCUGGUCAACUUAUCGUUCUUAUAAGAACUUCAGUCUCAGAUCCACUGAAGUGAUACUGUGUUUUCGGGUUCAUCGAUCGACGCACCAUAAUAGCAGGGUAGCCUGAAUCGAACGAGUACUAGCUGCAGGAAACUAGCCAGUUGUCCAUCUGGAAAAAUAAAAAUUAAUGGGACAGCUCAGUAUGAUUUCUCGCGUUACCGGUUUUGAAAU